AUGGACUGUAAAGCAUCUGAGACUGAGAGUGGUGUGGAAGUUGAAGCUUCACCACCAGUAUAUGAAGCGUUUGAGAGCGCUCAAGAUGAAGUUGGUGGAGCAGAAGUCUUGGAAGAUAAACUCGGUUCUGAGACCUGGAACGCAACGAAAGAUGUACCUGAGGAGUCGGCUAGUGCUGCUUCUCCUGUGAAGGUUAAGAUGAUGGUUGAGGAAGAACAAGACAAAGACUCUUCUGAGUUUUUGUUAAUGGAUAAUCGCUUGAGCUUGGGUUUGAACCGCAGCGAAUUAUUUGACAGCUUAUCGACAUCCAUUAUGCAAUCACUGUUGGAUUCGCCUCGCCGUCGUUCACUGCCACGCUAUAAUUUGAACGACUCAUUGCUUAAAGAUUCUAUUCUUACAACUCCAAAAUCACCACGUGCACCUAAAGAGCGAUUCAACACUAAAAUGCCUGGUUCAGCUUCUCCGCGAAAUUUACUUGAAAAUAGCCUCGAUUUAAGCCUUACGCAAUCUUGCUGCGGCUUGGUUCAGCUGAAUAUUUCAUUUUUAUCGUUUACUAGAGACGGUAGUUGUCCUACAAGAUAUGAAAUAUUACAGCCAAUUCUUAAUGAUCUGGUCGCAAGCACCAUUGAUGAAAUCGACAAAGAGGUGGAAGACGGCUUGGUUCAGCUGAAUAUCUCAUUUUUAUCGUUUACUAGAGACGAUAGUUGUCCUACAAGAUAUGAAAUGUUACAGCCAAUUCUUAAUGAUCUGGUCGCAAGUACCAUUGAUGAAAUCGACAAAGAGGUGGAAGAGUUAGCAGCGCGGGUUGAACGACGUUCAGUUGUACCAUCCCAGAAGAAUGGAGAACAAAAGGUCUCGCCUGUCGCAUCGAAAGAGUUAUUUGAGCAGUUGGAUGAAACAUAUGAAGAUCUUUUAUCUAUCGAAAAGUUCUUGAUAGCUGCCGAGAAGGUGCCCUUUGUUUUUCAGCCUGCAUCGCAGCUGCACUCUUCGGUCGAUCUAAUUGCUGAAACUCUUCCUUCACAUGUUGCUGAUACACCACGGAAAUUACUACCACAAUCUUCAUCAUCAGUAGAAGAUGUCAAGGAAAAACGAAUGGGAGAGUUGAAUGACCUACUACAUUCAAGAGAGUGGAUAAAGGCUAAGCGGGAAUUCGUUUUUUUAGUUGCUGAUACACCACGGAAAUUACCACCACAAUCUUCAUCGUCAGUAGAAGAUGUCAAGGAAAAACGAAUGGGAGAGUUGAGUGACCUACUACAUUCAAGAGAGUGGAUAAAGACUAAGUGUCAGCAACUUCUGGAUCCUAUUUGGAGCAAGAUAUGUGCGCUUGGUUUCGUACGUCCGCUAUCGGACGAGUAUGUCCCUAUCCCAGAUGUGACAGAUGAAGUAUUUCCUGAAGAUGAGAAUGAAAAGCUUUUGCUGGAAAAUAGGACGUUCUUGGUAUGGGCAACCUUGAUUGAAUUGGCGUCAAAGCUGUGGCCUGAAUCGCCGAAGCAGAAGAGAAAAAUGAGUUCAAAAGUGCUUCCCGUUCCAAGGAUAAAGGAUGAAUUUGCUGAAAAGGCACAAUUUUAUGUGCUUGAACAGCUCAGCGCAAUGUCCCCGAUGCAUCGUUACAACCGAGUGAGCCGGCCGUCCUCACCGCCGUAUGCAGACACAUCCGUGGACAGAGCUGUAGCAAGGUGCAUCUACAACGAAGAUCCUUUCGAGUUUGCUAAAGAAGUAGAUACUGAAUAUCGCAAACUAUGUGAGGAACUCAUCGAACGAGUUGGGGACCGAUUUGUCUCUGCUGAAGUACAACGGAUGCAACAUCGGCUUGUUGCGAGCGACAAUGAUGCAUCUUCGCUGACUCCGUCUGCGGUAGUGUCCGGUGAAUUUGGUCGUCCGUCGUUAGAUAGGCUUUCCGUAGGUAGCACUGUAUCAGUUGGGCAGUACUCAAUGACGGGCAACUCGCCACUUCGGAUCAUUCCCGAAUUGCAUAAACUUUGA